GAAAGAUCGGGAGAGGAGAGACCAGAGAGAUAAAGCUUGUAACCUCCUGUUCUCCGUUAAAACACGAGCAGACCCUGGGCACUUAAUACAGCGCAUAAACAGCAAAAACAAUAAACACGCCGAGGGAAACGUGGUUUCCCAAAUGGUAAUAAGAAGGAUCUCCACACAAGGCUAUGAGUCCAUCAGACCUUCCUCCAUCAUUAAAAUUCUGUAAUUACACACCUGCCGCCACCAAGACCACCACCUGCUUUCUCCAGAUGUCCCAGGAAACAUGGGUAGUGUCAGCAGUUUGAUAUCAGGCCAUAGCCUCCACAGCAAACACUGCAAAGCCUCUGAAAACAAAGUCAAAAAGGGGCUUCAGACUAAGAAAACAGGCCGUAGCUUGGAUGGCCUUCUGAAGUAUGGCUUCUCUCAAGACCAUUGCAGCACCAACAACAACUCAAAAGUCAGCUAUCAUUCAGGCAAAAAUGACGACUUCUUUUACAUCAAGGUCAGCAACAAGCCCCGAACUGCUAACAUUAAUACAGCUGAAGACAGUCAAGGAAGGACAACUGAGAUGGACAAUGAGGUGGACAGGAGAGGAGGGCCACCAGAAUUAGUUCCACUGUCUGGAAAACUAGAAAAGAGUAUAGAGAAUGCUUUAAUUCGACCCACUGCCUUCAAACCGGUUCUUCCUCGAAGCAGCAGUUCCUCGGUGGAAACUCAUAACAACUUGAGCACUAUCCUGGGCAAGAGAAUUAGUCCUAUAGACAGGCUAAAAGAUCUUCAGGACCCCAAGCUGGAAACUAAUUCUGGUACGUUCACUGACUCUGGAAGGAACUCUAUGUCCAGUCUGCCCACUCACAGCACCAGUGGAAGCAGCCAGAUGGAUAACUUAAGCACUUCAACUAACCACAUGGCUCGCCAUGCAGUCCUUGCCCAAAACAUGGACACAUCUAAGAACCCACAGGGGGGUGUGGCAGGGAUGAAUGGAAACUCUGGAUCCAGUUGGAUGUGUAGUGGGACUAACAGUGGAAACGGCUGGGCCAAUGGAUUUUGUGAAACAAACAGAAACAAUGAGUUGACGAAUGGCAAUACAAGAUCCAUUGGUGUCUUAAGUGAAAGUGUGGCAGCAGCAAUAAGUAUGAACAGAGAAAUAACUGCUGCAGCGCUGACUGUCUCAUCCACCGAGCCAAAGAUGGAUUUCUCUGGAAACCACGAACUGCUUCUAGAACAUAGAUUUACGAUUUCAGAGCAAAGCCCGACAAAACCAUCAUCUUCUGGGGGCUGUGUCCGAUCACCAAUUUCAAUGGAUGAAUCACUGAUACAGCAGCUGGAGCGAAAACUUCUAGAACGUGAAACUGAGCUGGCGGAGUUACAAACAAGCCUUGAUGAGAAGGAGUCAGACACAUGUCAUUUAUUUGAAGAAAAGCAAAGAUACUGUGCUGAGGAGAUGGAGGGGUUGAAACAACGCUGUUCUACAAAACUACGUCAAGUGUCUCAGAGGGCUUUGAGAGCCCAACAGUUAUUGCAGCUUCAGGUAAUACAACUUCAACAGGACAAGGAACGUCUGCAGGAGGAGGUGGACCAACUUAAUCGUGACCGGGACACUGCAGAAAGCCGUCUUCAAAUCUAUGAGAGCCAGAAAAACCUAGUACCCACUCUAGAAGAAACUCAGUGGGAGGUGUGCCAGAAGUCAGGAGAGAUUUCUCUGCUAAAGCAGCAGCUUAGAGACUCCCAGGCCGAUGUUGGAAACAAACUGAGUGAGAUUGUUAGUCUCAAAGCAUCUCUGAAGGAGUCCAGAUGCAAGCUGGAAGAACUGGAAAAGAAGAUCAAGGAGUACGAGGAAGCACUUCACCAGCGGAGUGCUGAGGUCGAGGUAUCUAAAAAUGAGUUUCAAAGAAAGAAGAAUGAAGCUGACCUCCUCAGGGAAAAAGUGAACAUGCUGGAAACGGACAUUAAGGGCAUGAAGCAGGACUUAGCAAUGGCCAAAGAGGAGCAACAGCAGCUAAUGACCAUGAGAGCCAAAGUUGAGGAGCAACAGCUGCAACUGCAGAUAAGCCAAGCCCGGAUGGAGGCCUUUGGGACUGGUCAAGCCAAAUCGAAAGCCCAGGAUGGAACAAGUGCCAGUAAAACACUGAAUCAUAAUGGAGGGACAGCAGACUUGAAUGCUCUACAGAAGGAGGUAGAGAGACUGAGAGGGGAACUGAAGGAAGAGAAGCAAAAGAAACACAAGAUGAUGAAUAGCUUCCAACAGGAGAGACAAACGUGGAAUAAAGAGAAAGACAAAGUAAUUAGAUACCAAAAGCAGUUGCAGUACAAUUAUCUACAGAUGUACAGAAAGAACAAGGACCUGGAAAAGAUUCUGAGGGAGCUAACGGCUGAGAUGGACAGUCGGACAGAGAUGGACAUGGACAGCCAUAGCUCUGACCUGAACUUUGAAAAAAUUGUAGCCACAGAGAUAUGAGGUCGGAGGGUGAAUGUUUUCACGAUUAACCGAAUGGUCUUAAGAGGGUGAAUGUACACAAAGCAAAAAUUGAAAGGAAAGAAACAUGAUGUCACAUAAGAUUUUAAGAUGUCAGAAGAUGCUGGCAUUAUAGCAUCACUUGUACAUAUCACCAAAAGCUUUCUCCUUUUAGAUUUACCACUUAACUUAAAAUCUUAGGAUGUCAUCCAUGUGCAUUUUUGUCCCUAUUAAAGGUGCCGUAAGCAAAUUUGUUUAUUGGAAUUACACUCUUACGUGGGAUAUCACACUAAAUUAAUGUUCCGUCAGUAACAUCACAUCUGUCUCUGUGGCAGCCGUAAAUUCUGUAAACUCCAAGUAAUUGACCACGGUCAGAUUCUUUGUUUAGCCAUUUAAGCAUUUUCUGCCUGUCAGUCAUUCUGUGCAUUCAUAGUGCAGCCAGUGAAUAGGAAGCAGGUGUCUGGGAGCGUGGCAGUUGAAGACUUGAAUAAUUUAAAUAAUUCCAUUUAAGAACCAUAUUAAGUUUCAUAAGCAGUUGCCUGUUGUUGGUUCGUGAAAGGGUACUAUUUUGGUAGCAUUUAGCUUGGCAACGAUGAGGUGUGCUACUGUUUCCCUGCUAAUCUCCGAUGACAAUAGUUACGGAAAGUGUGCAAGUGAAGUUUCAGAAUGGCUAACAUUGCUUACAGCACCUUUAAUCUCUGCACAUCCAACCAAAUGCUUACCCCCUAUAAUCCGAACAAUCCAGUGCUUCUUGCCUAAACCUCACGCAGUUGUAGAGUCUCAAAACAGGGUGACGUGAAUGUUUUAUUUGCUGUAAUUGCUAGUUUUGCACUCUCUCUUCCUUUUUAUAUGACAAGAAUCUUUAUCACCUGUGUUCUGGCAGACGGGCUCAAAGAAACAAUCCACAGUCUCAUGAGCAAUUCGUAUGCAAUUUAAAGAGUUGGCUAAUUCAUACGAAUUUUGUUCUAUUUGUCUAAACCCCAGGAGCGGUUUAGGGGCGGGAUUAGGUGUCGGUCGGUCGUACAAAUUCAUACAAACUCAUGUAAUAUGUACGAUUUAGCAAAAAUUUGAUUCAUUUGCAUGAGUGAGGUCAUACAAAUUUGUACAAAUUAGCCACUUCGUAAAAUAUGGAUGAAUUGCUGUGAGAUCGGGUUGAACAAUCUGUGUACAGGAAUAUAAUAGCUCAUACAGUGAGAUAAUGCCAUGAUGAAUGCAAACGCACAGUUCACAAAUGUCCAGAUACAUAUUUCAUUGUUAAUCUAAAGUAAUUCCUUUUCAUAUUUUUAAAAGUACUGUACUUAGGCAUUAAGUUUUUGGGGGGGGUUUUAAAGUCAAGUCUCUUUCACUCGAAGGACAUGUGUGUGGGACAACAAGGGUUAAAUUAAACACUCACACACACACACACAGACACACACACAGACACACACACACACAGACACACACACACACACGCACUCAUUGGUUCCACAGGAAUAUAUAAUUUUGAAAUGAAACCUUUAUGAUUUAUUCGAUCUUUCAAAGCAAAGCAUAACUUUGUUUUCUUUUUUAAAAAAUAAGCCAUUCAAGAAAAGUGGAAAAGUUGAUCACUCUUUUAUUCUUUGUGUCAAAACUCUCAAACCUCAGUUGUUGUUUUUUCCCCUCCUCUCGAUUGUUCACAUGACACGAGAGAAACGCCGUUGAGCUUCACGACGACAAACAUUGCGCAACUUAUCUAAGAACGUUAUUUUCUUCUAAUUGGAAAAAAAAAGCAUGAAUGAAAUUCGAGCGAUUUGUACACCGUCUUGUUUCUGGCCAAAAUAUCAUAUAGUAUAUAAAAAUAAAGUAAAAACUAUUGUCUUGUUUUCAAAAAUAAAGCAAGUCAAAAUGAAGGGAGUUUUCGCUUGAAACAAGUAAAAUAAUCUGCCAAUGGGGUAAGCAAAAUAAUCUUGUUUUCUUGUUUGAAAUAAGAUUAUUUUGCUUGUUCUAUAGAAAAACUCAAUGCCGGAAACAAGACAAUAAAAAAUCUAAGUAAGAGAAGCAUUUGCUGCAGUGUAUGGGGAGAUUAUCAGUGAACAAAGGCUUCAAUUUUGGUCUAUUCUUUAAGUAAGACAACUGCAUGACUUGUGAAGAUCUUGAACAUAGCUCACGUGGACUGCUUUUACGUUUUGUUUGGUUUUUAGUGAAUACAACGAAUACUGAAUUUUCAUUAGUUAUCAUUGCAGAACGCUGACGUAUCUAGCUGGAAGCCUCACAGUCCGCCGGUCUGUUAUACAGAGGUUCUACUGCAGAAGAGCAGGUGAUGAAACAAGACGGCGAGAACGGUAGUAGUGUGUUCUCCUUCAGCGCUUAGAUGUAACACAAUACUGUACCUAACCAUUCACGGGAGAACUUUCCUAGCAAUGCUGCUUAAAAUGGCAAACAGAAAGACUGAGGUGGGCAGCACUGACACUGUUUCCUUUUUUUUUCUUCCAUCGCGCAAAUUUGUUACCCAACGUUUCAUCAUACAAAGGCUCCCAAAAAGCUGCCUUGUGAGUUAUCAUCCGUAGAGUUUCGAUUUGAUAGAAACAAACUGAUAAUCAUAUUAUUGAUGGCGCAGGGUGGUCGUGGGGUGUAAGGCUGCCUCUAGAUGCAUUUGAAUGCCUGUAUGUUAUAUAUUCCCUAUUUAUUUUAAUGAAAUAAAUUAAGAAUUUUUUUUCUGAA